AUGGACAACGCGGUGGUCAUUGACGUUGGAUCCUUCGAGAUCAAAGCAGGCCUGUGCGCGAACUAUCCCUGCGAACAGGAGCCGCAGCUGCGACUGAAGAACGAGGUUCGCAUCCUGGAGAACGCCGAGGACCGCACAGUCACGAUGGCAUCGCGCAAGGCCCUCGAAGCUCUCCCGGCUGCGCGCCCCAUCCAGCGCGGCAAGAUCUGCCACUGGGACCAGCUCGAGGCGCUGCUGGACUUCGCGAUCUUCCACGGCCUGCGCUGGCCGCGCGGCCUCGGCGGGAACAUGCUCCUGGCCCACCCGCUGAGCGCCACGAAGGACGACAAGGAGCGCCUCGUGCAGAUGUUCUUCGAGAGCUUCGGCGUGACGGGGCUGUACGUGGUGGACGCGCCGGUGCUGGCGCUGUACGCGAUGGGGAAGCUGAGCGGCACGGUGGUGGACAUUGGGUACGGCGCGGUGAAGAUUGGCGCGGUGCACGACGGGCGGCUGCAGGGCGCGGGGUGCGUGACGCUCGAGGGGCACGGGAUGCAGGACGUGCUCGCGCGCCUCGUGGAGCUCCUCAAGGAGCACCAGGUGCCGAACUGGGAGCGCGUGCCGCGGUCCCAGCUGACGUCCUUGCUGGAGCGCGCGCUGUGCUGCAUGGAGUCGCACGAGUACUUCCAGGGCGUCAAGCGGGGGGAGCUGCCCCCCUCGAAGGGGGUGUUGAAGAAGGAAAGCCUGGCAGACAAGGCCGAGCGCGAGGGGCGGGAGAAGAAGGCCGCGGAGGAGAGGGAGAGGGAGAGGGAGAAGGAGAAGGAGAACGGGGCGGGCGGGGAGGACGGGAAGAAGGGCGACGCGGCGGAGAACGGUGCCGCUGACCAGGGCGACAAACAGGACGAGGAGAAGAAGGGGAGCCCCGGGAAGGCGGAGAAGGAGGGGGGCGCCUCCAAGAAGGAGGAGGUCGCGUCAGACUUCGCGGAGUACACUCUGACCGACGGCACCGUGGUUCGAAUCCCCAAGGCGCUCGGGGCGGAGGCCGUGGAGGCGCUGUUCGUGCCGCAGAUGGUCGGCCUGUCCGGUCCGGGCCUCGGCGAGCGCGUGCACAACAGCGGGAUGCUGUCGGUCGGCGCCAUUGAGCGGAAAAUGAUCGUGGAGACAGUGAUGGUGUGCGGGGGCGGCGCGCUGGUGCCGGGGCUCGUCGGGCGGCUGAACAGGGAGAUCCAGGCGCUCGCGCCCAAGUCGUGGCUCGCGGAGGUCGUGGACAUGCCGGAGUACAUGCCGAAGUCGGCGCAGCAGCACGCGGUGUGGGCGGGCGGCGCGGUGCUCGCGAAAAUGGUGUUUCAGGAGCCGCGCUUCAUCACGCGGCAAGACUACCACGACAUCGGGCCGCGCGUGGUGCACCGGCGGUGUCCGUGA